CUCGCGAUAGCUAGGCGCGGCCCCCCCGCGGGGAGGAGAGCGGGGCGGGAGCGGUUGGCGGUGGCGGCGGGGAGCGGCGCCGCGUUGGGCUGCGAGGCGGGCGGCGCGGAGGCCCUCCCCCGCCUCCAACCACCCCCCGCCGCUGGCAGCCGCCCGCUCCCGGGCGUGCAGGGGCUGGCCGGGUCCUCGGGGGCGGCCGCGGUGCCCGCUCGCCUCAGCCCGCCCCGGGGAGGGGCUCUCCCGUGGCGCCCCGGCCGCGCUGCGCUGCCCUGCCGCACGUCCGCGGAGCCCGCUGCUGUGCCUCGCCGCGGCCUCGCCGUUGCCGGAGCCCCUUGGCCGCUCGGAGAAGGAGGAGACAGGAACGGGAGAAGGGAAGAGUCUGAAUAUAGCUUCAGACCAUGGAGGCAUGCUGGAAAAGAAUGCUGAUCAUUUUUGUAGCAGCUCAAGUACUCUUUGUGGUAAGCGCCUUCGAGGAAGAGGAUGUGCCUGAAGAGUGGGUCCUUCUCCAUGUUGUUCAAGGUCAGAUUGGAGCAGGCAACUACAGCUAUUUGAGACUAAAUCACGAGGGAAAGAUCGUGCUCCAGAUGCGGAGUUUAAAAGGUGAUGCAGACUUGUAUGUAUCUGACAUGACACUUCACCCCAGCUUCGACGAGUAUGAGUUGCAGUCUGUAACCUGUGGCCAGGAUGUUGUCCACGUACCGGCGCACUUCCGCCGGCCAGUGGGAAUAGGGAUUUACGGCCACCCCUCUCACCUGGAGAGCGAGUUUGAAAUGAAAGUGUACUACGAUCGGACAGUUGUACAGUACCCGUUUGGUGAGGCUUCUUACAACCCCGAGGAGAUGGAGGCAAACCAGAAAUACUCACAGUCUGCAGAAGAUGAGUCUCAGGACGAGGAAUCUGUUUUCUGGACUAUACUGAUUGGAAUCUUGAAAUUAAUACUUGAAAUUCUUUUUUAAAUUGAUACACACUGGACUAAGUCACACUUCAGCCUGUGAAAUUGAACACGAAUGACUUGCUGUGAUAUUCAAUACUUUGUUAUGUUUCCUGAAGAGGUAUUCAGGUUACUUUUCCUAAACCAGAAAGGAAGUGGGGGAAAAAGCCAUAUUUAAUUUUAUAUUGUAAAUCCUCCCCUAUACGUAAAAUGAGCAGCGAGCACAGUAUUUGCAGUGUUCUUCAGAGAUCAGGGCUUGAAAAUGAAUGUACAGUUGGGAUCUCAUUAGAUUAACUUUAAACAGGUGCUUAGGAAAAUCAACUCGGAUUCAGUAUUUUCUAUUCUUUUUUAUAAAGACAAGUGAAAUCAAGUGCUGCACUUCAGGGCCACUCUCAAUCUAGAGCAUGGUUAAAAAUAAAAUCUACUUCUUUUCUGAGCAAGGAUCUCCAGUAAAACUAAUUAGCAAUGGGGCUUCAGUGUAUUGAAGCUGAGGAGCCGAGGGCGAAGGAAGGAAAAACCUCUUGAUCGUCUAGGGGGGAUAGAUGAUCUAUGUUUUGCCUGCUUGUGCUCUACAUUACGCCAAGCAGAGGUCUGUCCAGUCACUCAUCACCUCUGCAAAGCCACCACCCAAAUGGAGUGCGUGUCACUUCUCUGCCGUCACUGUGAGCUGUCAGCUGUUGUUACUUGUCAAUAUGGUGGUUUUCUUCCUCGUUAAAAGCCACGCACCAUAAAGUAUGUUGAACUCAGGAGGUGUUUUCUUUCACCUCCCUUGAUAGCUUUUUGUGAUUGUUUGGUUUUCUUUUCUUAGUAGUACGUCUUUAUGAAUAAGUCAUGAGCUUGCAAAGAAAACUUCUGCUGAGUGUGCAGUCGGGUGUAAGAAGGUCAGGCCGUGCCCACUCUUUGUCGAAAAUCGGUUUUGCCAGGAAUAUUUUUUGCCUUGGUUGAGUCUUUCAAAAUAACCAGUUGCUAUGCAAAUAGUGGGUAUUUAAGUUGCUCUGUAAUUUUCUUUUCACAGAGCUUACUGAUGAGUGCACUGAAAUAAAGAAGUACAUUACUAUAACUUUAUGCAAACGGUGCACGUACAAUUUAAAUUUCAUUACCAAAAGCCUUCUCUUUUUGAGUGGGAAUUUGGCUUGUCUGUCUCUAUCCACACAUCUGACAGGACAUGACUAGUGACUUGUAUCACAAAAAAAGUCAUUAUAUAGACAAAAUUGAGAGUUUAUUUGGUAAAAAGGAAAAAAAAAAAAAUAAAGUGGUAUUGUUCCUCUUAGAGUGGUUGGUUAAAUAGCACCAAAGUAUCACUUCAAUUUGUGCAGUUAAGUUUUGGACAGCAAGUUUCUGGGGGGGUUUUAGCCCUCCUUGCUGUUUUUCCCCCUUCUUCCUCCUCUUCUGGGUACAGGAGAGUCUUUCUGACAACAAUCACAAAUCCAGCGACCUAAAAAAAGAAAGUUAUCAAUUAUUGGGAAACUAACUUUGUUACUCAUCCACCUAGUUAAGUAGCUUUCACCACUACUCUUAAUCGGUGCUCAUCUGUUUGCAGUACCUCCUUCAAUGUAAACAGCCAGUGCUUUUCUUUAAAACGUAAACACCUUUGGAGAAGGUGCAGAAAGCAGAGUGAGCAGUGUGCCCUCCCUUGCGGAUCCUGAUGUGUGACAACUGCCUGCACUGACCUGUGGACCUCAGGAAGCACCAGCACUGCUGAGGAGAUGGGUCAUUAGGAAAGAACCUGAGGAAUGAUGCUUGAGUUCGCAAGCUCUGUGAAUGACCACAGCCUAAGGUGAAUGAACAGCAGCUGGGGAACGUUGCUCUCCUGCUGCAGGUACGAGGUCCUGUUCCUCAAACUAAUGCCUGUGAUUUGAGUGCAGUCAGGCAGCACAGACAACUGCUGGCAGGGGUUCAUCGUCAGACCUUGCUUACACUGAAACUCACUGACCCUCAAAAAGGGUUGAGUGAAGAGCAGAAGCAUUUAACUGUUUGUAUUACAGCAGCUGGAAUCAUAAAGGCUGAUUUGGUAAUUUGCCUGUCUAGUAGGCAUAUAAUCUGUUUUGUUUAGAUUCUGCCCUUAGCUCAGCGGAAAGUUAAAUGGGCCACAGAACCUGUAGUAAGGUGACAGCUAGUGCCAGUGCUUCCCAAAAUGGGAAUGUACCACAUAUUUGAAGCACUGUAGUUACAGGGGAUUCUGUUGCUGCGUACUUAUUAUUUACUUACCAUGGAUUUAGUAUUACACAAAAAGCAACAGUACCACCAGUUAUUUUCUUUACACUGCCUUGAGCUUGCCAGCUGACAACGAGUGACCAAGUAAUUUAAAGGUACAGGCUGCCUGACAUCUAGGUACUGCACUUCCAGCUUUGAUGUUUAAGAAAAAAGAAAAGGAAGGGAUGGGUUUACAAAGGUGUUUACAAAUACUAAAUUGAGUGUACUUUUUAAUUUAGAAACUGACAUGAUAGCACAAACACACUGUUAAUGUGAAAGCUAUACUCCAGCAAUAUGCAGCAAUACAGCCUCUUUACAGGCUUCUUUUAUGAAGAGGUAAUUAUUCUCAGUAUUCUGUGGAUAUGGGGGAAAAAAACCCUCGUUCUGAGUGAGUCUGUUUGGAUUCUGUUGUAAAAGCCAGUUCUAUUUCCUGUACAGGAAUGGCCAGGUUAAACUGUGCACAACCAAAUAUACAGAAAUAAAGCUUAUUAAAAAAAUGUG